GUUAGCUAAAGACAAAAUAACCCCUCACAGGUCUCGCAUCGCUUAAAUCAAAGGGCAAAGGAGGAUCACGGUUCUACCGGUGGUUCAAAGCUUCCUCGUCGGAGCCUCAAUUCCAUCUUCUUCUACCAAGGGUUUGCGUAAAGCUAUCGGGUCAGUCAUGGCAGAUUCCUAUAUAAUACAUGUGCAUAUUGUAGAUUGAAUUGUUAAUUACAGGUUUUUUGCUGGUUGUAUUUGUUGGGCUUUGUUUGAUGGUUAAGGGUUUGUGAAAAUCUAUUGGGUCAGACUUCAGAGGCAUAUUUGGGUUCUGUGUGUUUGAUAUCAAUGGAGGUUGACAGGAUUAGCAUGUUGCCAGAUGAAGUACUUUAUCACAUUCUCUCUUUUCUUCCAACUCAAAUUGCUGCAUCCACGAGUGUUCUUUCAAAGAGGUGGAAGCCAUUGUGGCUAUCAGUUCCUGCUCUCUUCUUUGACGACCGAAGCUACCUUCUAAAUGACAAACCCUAUCUAUAUUUCACAAAGUUCAUAUAUGCAACCAUUCUCACCAGAGAUGUGCCCAUUAGAACAUUUCGUCUGCAAUGUGAGGAUUCCCAUUUCAACUUUUCUGUUUCCGAACUCAAUAUAUGGGUCAACGCUGCAAUAAAACGUGGACUUGAGAACCUCUACAUCCGGCUGCCGCGUAAUCAAUUGAGCUGGAGCAGCUGCAUUUUCAGCUGCAAAACUCUGGUUGUUCUUGAGUUGGUGGGAUUAGAAGACCUGGAUGUAAUUUCUUUUGCUCACCUUCCUUCACUCAAAACUCUGCAUUUGAUUGAUGUUGCGUUUAUAGAACGCCAAGAUCUUGUAUCUUUUGCUGACCUUCCUUCACUCAAAACUCUGGAUGUGAAAGAUGCUCACUUUCCAGGAAGACAGUAUCUUGUGGAUCUUCUUGCUGGAUGUCCAAAUCUUGAGUAUAUGCAUCUGUGGGUAAUAUACUAUGAUGUUGGAUGCAUACCUUGUUAUAAGAACUUUAAAAGCUUAUCUAAAUUGGUCAGGGCAGAUAUACAUGCCAUUGGUUUUGAUAUUUUUGUAGAAUCUCCUGAGUUUGACAAGUACCUGGAUGACAUUCCACUUUUUCCCAAUUUAACUCAUGCGGAGCUUAUGUUGGGAUUUGAUAUGAGCUGGGAUUUGGUACUUGCAAUACUCAAGCACUGCCCUAUGCUUCAAAAUGUUGUCCUUGAUAUGCAGACACAUUAUGCAUAUUACAAGGAGCCGGUUUGGAUUUCCCCCUGUUGUGUUCCAGAAUGCCUUUCGUCACAGCUUAGGACAUGCGACAUUAUAAAUUCUGAAGUCAAGGAAAGUGAGCUGCAUUUUGCAAAAUAUAUUAUGCAGAAUUCAAGAGUUUUACGAACAAUGACAAUAUGGACUCGGGGUUUGUCAGAAUUAAAUGUCGACAAGAUUGAACUGCUGAAAGAAUUGUUCUUAUGCCCAAGGAGUUCUACAAUUUGUGAACUUUCAUUUAUAUGAAAAUGAACGACAGGCUCUAGUUAGUAGCUGCAAAUUGUGUUUAGAUGAUUGCAUUGGUACUUAGUUUAUCUGCUUAUAGUAAAACUACUAGUGUUUUGAAGGACAUGGAACUUGUCUCUUGUUCAAUGAUAGUCGGUAAAUGUCAUCUUUUCAAGGAAUUGAAGAUUUGUAUUUUUAAUUAAAUGACUAGCUCAUUUGAAGUUUUAUAUCUUUUGUGGACA